CAGAUCCAGUUACAGAGAAAGCGCGAGUCGAGUGCAGAACGGGCGUUAAAAGUUCCUUAGCUUCUUAAGCGAAAUACUAAACGAACCUAAUAAGCGUCUAACACACUUUAAAAUAAAUUGGAGUAUAUAGUUGUUUGGUUUCGAAAUGUUUUCUGUGAGAUUAAUAUUACUCGUUAUACUGCAUAUCAUCUUUGCCAAAAAAGUAACGGCAUUUGGUCACAACUUAGAUGAGCUUGUAUCAAAAGCAAAUAUCUACUACCAACAACCUGCGGAUGCUAGUGGAAACGGUGAACUCAUCCUGAAUGACGUGGAAGGGCUCUCAUCGAAAGCAGAUAUUAAACUAAUUAUACAUGGAUUCACAAGCAGUCGAUUUCAUUUCUCCAUUACUCCGCUCAGAAAUGCCUACCUCGCUAAAGGUAAGGAUAAUGUGUUGCUUGCUGACUGGUCAGAUGCUGCUGCUUUAGAUUAUCCGACCUCACGGAAAGCCAUCGGACAAGUUGCGAAGCAUUUUGGCAAACAAUUGAAAGAUUUCCUUGAUAAGCAUGAGAUCGCCGCCGCUGACAUUCACAUCAUCGGUCAUAGUUUGGGUGCGCACAUCGCUGGUAAUAUUGGCGACUUUUUCAAUGGCAGCAUAGGUCGUGUGACCGGUUUGGAUCCAGCCCUACCGCUCUUUACAGCACUCUCGACCGACAGCUUGCGCGCCACUGCGGCGCAGUUUGUCGAUGUCAUACAUACCGACUUUCCCGUAUUCGGUGAUGGGACUCCGCGUGGUAAUGUCGAUUUCUAUCCGAAUUUCGGUACCGCACCACAACCCGGCUGUGCUGACAUGGAUGUACUCUUGAUAGCUAAGCAAUUAUUAUUCGAACAGUAUAGCUGCAGCCAUAAUCGCGCCGUAUUUCUUUACGCCGAAUCAAUUGGGCAACCGAAGAGUUUUCCAGCGAUAUCCUGUUCUUUGAAUGGCAUAAAAAUGUUGAGUGUGAGUAAUUGUCACAAGAAAGUGAAAACUGCUGCCUUGAAGGGGGAAGUUGACGAAAACGAGGUUGUUUUUAUGGGCGAAGAAGUAUCGAGAAGCGCUUCCGGUUAUUAUUACCUACCCACUUAUGAUGCACCACCCUAUGGCAUGGGAUUAAAUACGAAAUUCUAACGGUAGAUGUCGCGGGCAGGUUUAUGUCUUUGCUAUGUUGAAUAGUCAUAUAUUGUUUCAUCUAGUUACCCUGUAUCGAAUGUGUGCUAAUAUGCUAUUCCAAAUUACAUUUCCUCAAAAUGGACAGUAUUGAACGAGAAACUAUUACCAAUGUAAUCUAAAUUCGUACGAAAUUUGUGUAAAAGCAUUAAACGUUUAUCUAAAUAGUACAAAAUAGUAAAUUGUAAUCCAGCAUAUGUUUAUAAGACAAUAAAGUAGACACAACAAUA